GGUGUGCAGUUAAUUAAAUAUUACAGUUGUAGCAUGCUAAUAAAUCAUGCGUGUAUACUAACUUGAUGUAAUGUGAAUCCGUCCAAUAUAGUGGUAAGAACGGUACUCACAAGAGGGGUAGCUUAGGCAUUUUCCAUGCAAAUAAUAAACAAAUCCCACGCCGUAAGAAAACUUUUACAGAUGAUGAUCCUCACUAAACGUCUCAUCUAUUGUCGAUGUGCAUCAUGUGCUCAAACCCAAAUCAAAUGCGAAUCCCUCGUAAUCUUUUUUUUCUUUUAUUUUAUUUUCUUUUCUUUUCCAGAUGUAAUUUUCCUAAUCCAACGCAGAGUAGCGCAAUUCCAAACCUCCGAGAAGUAUAUAUAUAUAUAUAUACAGCCCCCCUAGAAGUUGCACUCACUUUCAUCUUCUUCCUCCUCCUCCCCCACCCAUAUUCCUCUUCUCUCACACGAACAGAAGCGUAAGUAACCAUGGAUAGAUACAGGAUCACCCCAACAUGCCACACGCACCUCUCUCCUCCCCAGCCCACCAACCUAUCCAAACCUCCUCCGCCAUCCCUCUCCUCGCCCCCUCUCUUUCGCCUUCGCCGCACCGAAGAGGCCGAACUCGGCAUCUUCGGCGCCGAGCGUUACUACGGCGCCGGCCACAGCAGCUCCGCCACGAAGCGCCCCGCCGUCCUGGCCAGCCCGCGCCCCUCCUCCGUCGACGGCUACGGCCGAAUUUACCGAAACGAGUCGGCGGGCACCCCCACCGCCUCGUCGGUGGCGAGCUGGAACAGCCACUCGGGGCUCCUCGCCAAUGCGCCGCGCUCCGUCGCCGCGUUUCCGUUGAAGGGCCCGCGGAAGGGCAAUUACGCCGCCGUCGGGAGGCGGCUCUUCCGCCGCAGCUGCUUCUGCGGCGGCGGCGGCGGCGGCGGCGGCGGCGCCGUCGAAGUCGCCGAGAAGUUCUCCGAGCCGAAGAGCCCGCUUCGGCCGAGCUCCGUUUACGGGAACUCGAAACAGAGCGUUGAGACCACCGUACGCGUCGCAGCUACUGGUGAUAGAGAGACGAAGCGCGAAGUGGGUUUCGAGGAGGGGAUGAAGGUGAGGAUAACGCCCGGGAAUUGGCCCAAAGGUGACAACUUUACCCACCGCUCCACGUUGUACUACGCAAAGAAGCCACUUUUACUAGCGGAGAUCGGGCGUAGGAUGGUGAACAGCGCGGAGAGAGGAUCCGUCGACGGGCCACGCGCGCCCGAGAACGCCCCCACCGCCGCGGCGCCCGACGACGCGGCGAGCGACGCGAGCUCGGACCUCUUCGAGCUCGAGAGCUUCUCCGCGCAGCGGCGCCAACGCGGCUCGCUCGACGAGCUCCUCGACCCGCGGCGGCGCCUCGGCGGCGCGGCGGCGAGCGAGUGCGCGUACGCGCCGAGCGAGGCCAGCGUGGUGUGGAGCGUGGCCACGGCGGAGCCGCCGGGGCUCGACCGGACCGGCUCGGCCCCCGGGGAGCUCCGGUUCGAUCCGGCCGAGCGCGACCGGUUCAGGAUGUCGCUGCUCAGCUGCCGGUCUGACGAGGCGGUCUCCGUCGGGCCCGGGCCGGUCCGAUUCGGGCCCGAGCCGGGGAGGGUUACUGCGAACGGGAAAGCCGGGGAGCUUCGCUCGGUUCGGAUACUCGGUCCGGCUCGGGCGAAGUAGACCGGCCGGUUCAUUUGGGGAGUUAUCAUGCGUUAAUAAGUAGAUUUGGUGUUAGCUAUGUUGGUUUGUAGGCUUGAUGAUAAUUUAAAAUUAGGAGGGCCAUAUACUGAGUACGAGCAUAAAUAUAUAAAUUUGCUGUUAGAGAGCUUUUUUAAAUGUAAGUGUUAUAUCACUAUUUCUUCACUAUUUCUUUAUUUGGUGGAACCGUGGAACCAGUCCGUUUCAUUCAAGAUUUGUAAUAUUACCAAAUGUUGUAUAUUUUGUAUUUAAAAUA